AUGGCCAGCGGAGACACCUCUCUCCAACCGCCCGCCGACGGCAUCGCCGCCCUCGCAUGGUCUGCCGACAGCUCGCGUCUCCUCGUCGCAAGCUGGGACAGCACCAUCCAGCUGCACACUGUCACAACCCCGCCCUCAGCACCACAGAUCUUCUCACACCCCCGCCCCGUCCUCGCAGUGACCUUUGGCUCGAGCCCCGACAUUGCGUACUCAGGUGGUCUGGACAAGCGUAUACGGGAAUGGGACUUUAAGACGGGCGAGUGCCGCGUCAUUGGCAAGCACGACGAUGCGAUCAGCGCGAUGGCGUGGAUCCCAGAGCACAACAUUCUCGUGACGGGAUCGUGGGACAAGUCGAUCAAGAUCUGGGACCCUUCCGCCGCCGAGCCCCUCCGCUCCACCUCGUCUCUCCCCGAGCGCGUGUACAACCUGUGCUACACGCCAGCGACUGGCCGCAUCCUCGUGUCCAUGGCACACAGGCAUGUGUCGGUGUACGCCGCGUACGAGCUCUCCAAUGCCUCCCAGGAGGGCCGCGACGCCAAGGCCGACCACACGCGCGAGAGCGCGCUCAAGAUGCUCACGAGGAGCGUUGCGUGCAUGGCGGACGGCAAGGGCUGGGCAUCUGCCUCGAUCGAGGGCCGUAUCGCCGUCGAGUACUUUGACCCCGACCCGGCCGCCCAGGCUAUGAAGUACGCCUUCCGCGCACACCGCGCCACGGUCGACGGCGCCGAGCAGGUGUACCCCAUCAACGCGCUCGCGUACCACCCGAUUCACAACACGUUCGCGUCUGGCGGCUCGGACGGUGUCCUCUCCAUCUGGGACCACAGCGCCAAGAAGCGCAUGCGCCUGUAUCCCAAGUACCCCACUGCCAUUUCCGCCCUGUCGUUUUCGCCCGACGGCACACGACUGGCUAUUGGUGUGUCUUACGAGCACGACAACGCCGUCGCCAGUCCCGAGGACCAGGCGCGUGUGCUCUUGCUCCUCAAGGAGACGGUCAUGGACGAUUGCAAGCCCAAGGCCAGGGCAUAA